AUGAGUAAGAAGGGAAGAGGCCGCGUUAAGAGGAAGGAGGUGCAGAGUGAGGAUGGGUGGACUGUCAUUACCCAUGGCUUGGCGAGUAUUUCGCUUGAUGGGAAAGGGAAGAAGGAGGCAGAUGCUGGGUCCUUGCCUACGAGGAUAGUAGAGGGUUUGACGGCAGAAAAAUUAUUGGACGAUUUCCGCCUGCUUCAAGAGCGGUGGGAAGAUACGCUGCUUGCGAAGCAAGUCAAAGAGAUUGUGGAGAAGAGGAGCGCCCAUGGCAAAUGGGGUGUCGAAGAAGCGGUAUGCAUUGGCAUCGGCAGUUUCAGUCGAGACUGGGCGCAUCGGUGGAGGAGUCUCUGGCAGCUUGUACUGUUUGUUGAUAUAUUCGGGCGACGUAUGUCAUCGUCUCUAUCUGUUGCACGUACCCGAACUGAUUAUAAGAUAGUCAAAGACGAAAACAAGGACGUUAAGAUACAAUGUUUCGCCCAAGACCCAGCAUUCACAACCCUCGACAUCGAAUUUCUAUCGCACCUCUCUAUCACGGUCCUUGACUCCGAUCUUCAGGCUCGCAUUACGUCUUGCUCCUUCGUUUACUCGCCCUUCGUGGAUUGGUUCCUUCUUCUACCAACUUUCCUCAAAUCGAAAGACCCGGUGCUGUAUGUUGGCAACGAAAUUCUGGACGACUACAGUGUGUAUGCGCAAACGAAGGAGAAGAAAGAGCGAUUGGAGGAGUGCAAUGAGGUGGGCAAGAAGUGGAUAAAAGGCAGGGGAAAGGUGGCGCUAAGAGAGUUUGAAAAGCAUGGGAAUGCGCUGAACGGAAUGGUGGUUUAUUUGAAGAAGAGUGACGAGGAUGCAGAGGAAGAGGGAAGUACAGAGGCGAAGUCUAGGGAAGAGAACGACAAAGAGGCGACUCCCGGACAAGAGACCUAG